AUGGUUGACGAGCAAUCAAAUACCGUCGCAAGUCCAAAUGUAAGCAAGCCAAAGAGUGAGAAACGAAAAAAUCACGAUGAAGUGGUGGCGGAAGGUAAAGAAGAGCAGCGUGAGAAGGAGGAAGGCGAGCUGGCGGACGGUGAUAUUGAUGCGGAUUCUGGGAGCGAGGCUGGAGACGAAAGGAAACAUCAAAAGCAAAGCAGUGGUGGCGAAGAGGAGAAUUCAACUGAUCAUAGUGAAAAGGCAGCUGCUAAAGAGCGAAAAGAUAGUCGGAAGAAACGAAAACAUAAGAAGGAGCGAAAAAGGCGACCCUCUCAGUCAGUAGAAACAGCGGAUAAGACAACACGUAACGGUGGUGCUGCUGCUGCUGGUGGAGAUCGACGAGAUGAUUCGGCCAGUACGAGAAGGUCGAAAUCACCAGCCAACAAGCGAUCAAGACCUGAGAAAGAUCGACGCCAUCGUUCGCGCACUCCGGAGGAUCGAGAUCGAGAUCGUGACAGAGAGCGGGACAGGGGAGAUAGGCGAAGACGAUCCGAAAGUCCUGACAGGAGACGAAGUUCGAGGAGAGGCGAUCGAAAAGGAAAACAACAGUAG